AAAUUGAAACAAAUUUAGGUUUUGUAUUUUGAGACAGAGUUGCCAGAUCUUCUGCGGUGGUUUGCAGGGAUACAUUUGGCCAAUUGUCGCACUUACAUCAAUUUUCAGGCUGUGUCAAGAUAGCACGACAAGAUUGAAACUGUGUCAACAAUGGCUGGAGUUUGUUUUUUGGUUUUUAUUGAUUAACUCAGUAUUGAAAUCGAAUUUUUGGGAUCGGUGAAGUUUAAAAGGUGAGGCAUUGUGAGUUGCACAAAAUGGCGUCCUCAACUCAAUUUGGUCCUAAAUGCACGUGCGACAAGUUGGCACGAUAGCGACGGUUUGUUCGUGUCCCUAUGAACUGGUUUGAUUUUCACCCAGAUAUUGUUUAGCAUAGUCUGCAUUUUCAAAAUAAUAGCGGAAUUGUAUUUAUGUUUCUAAGCUGGGACACAAAUACAAUACGAUAAGAUGGAUAAGAAGAGUUAAAAGAAAAAAAAAACAAUUUUGUUGGAGGUAAAUUUCAUUUUUUAUGUGAAAAUCAUUACCUGAGCUUAAGUUUACUGCCUAGACGUUCUUGAAAUGGUUGAAAUGGAUUAGCGAAUAACGGUUUUUUUGUGAUUCUUUAUAUAAAACCGCAAGACUCACCUUUCUUCAGUUCUUCUUGAAAGCGCGAUCAGGAUGGCUGAUUCUAGUCUCAGCACCACAAUGUCCUCCACCACCGUAAGCUGCCUUCCCCCGGAAGUGCUCGAGAUGGUGCUGGACUUUCUACCCUGCAUCGACCGCAAAUCAGCGUCCCUAGUUAGUCAACGCUGGCUCCAAGCUGCCUUCUCCAGCCGCUUUCUCAACAAGGUGAACCUGCUGGUGCCGAGCAGUCGCCGGAACGUCGACCGGAUCCAGCUGCUGCUGGCCAGCAAGCGGCCGUACCGGAACUUUUUCAUCUCGACGGAGUAUGGGCGAUGCGGUCCGGACGAUUGGCGCCUGUUGGUGCAGUUUUUGGAGCGGUUCGCAGGUUCGGUGACGUGCUUCCAGUCGAUGGUCCGAUUCACGCCGGUUCAGGUGAAGGCGAUUAGGGAGCGGCUUCCUGGUUUGAAGGAGAUUUGUGUGGGCGUUAGCGGGGAUGUUGCGUGUUGUCAGUGUUCGAUUGUUGGCGGUAGUCGGGAGGCGUACUUGGGGGUGACGGACGUUUUUACGUUGGAACGGCAGCUGCUGGGAGUUGGGGCGGAUGUGGAUCCGGAAUCGUUGCCGAACGUGGUGAAGCUGGCGCUGAGGAUCAACGUGUAUUCCAAUACGAACUACGACUUUAAUGUGCUUGGUCGCGUUAAGGAUGGGUUGAGAGAGAUGUACAUCUACUCGAAGGAGAGUUACAUUCCGAUGGAGUAUUUGAAGCAGCGGAAGGUGAGGGUGAUGUUGAUGUCGGGAAGCUUGGAGGGAAUCGACGAGAACAUUCAGAUGCAGUUUAACGAGGAGCUUAGUGUGAAGAGACAAGCGUAUCCUACUUUGGAGGUUACACUACCGUUGUUGCAGGUCAUAACAUCAACUUGUUCUCGGUUGACCACGCUAAGAAUCAGUACCAAUUGGUUGUCGCAACAAGCGGUUCGCUACUUGGAUAGCCUGGAUCAGCUGGAAGAACUGUACGUGUUUGGAGACUUCCAUAAGGCUUUGCUACGUGACUGUGCUCCUCUUGCAACGGUCAAAACGUUGAUUCUUCGCAUCGAACACAUCGAUACGGUCGAUCAGUUCUUCGAAACCAUAGCGAAGAUCACGCCGAAUCUAAGCGAUCUGCGAGUGCUACUGCCUCCACCUUGCAUCCUGGACAACGCGAUGGCCGAACUGAUCUGCCGCAACUUCCGAAUGCUGCGCAAGCUGGCCCUGUUCGGCUCGAUGAUGGCUCCGGUGGAGUCCCGGUGCGAUACCUUCGUGCACUUUGACCAGAUGCCGUUCCUGGAGGAGCUGAUCGUGCGCGAUAUGUAUCUGAACAUGGAGCGGCUCAUGCCGGGGAAGUUACGGAUCCUGCGGAUCAACUACUGCCGAUCGCUGCGCGACGAAGAUCUGCAGCUGGUGCCGCUGAUAUUCCCCAAGCUGAAGGUGCUGGAGAUUGGGUUUUGCGCGAAUGUUACCAAGCCGGCUGUGCAAGCGCUGAUUCCGAAGAUGCCUGGUUGUAGCUUGAAUGCCGUUAUUAGGAUAGAUGGUUAAGGC